UGUGAACUUUUUACAGCAGAAGUCAGAGUCCCGCCUGCUGUGUCGAUCGAGGGUCUUCGAUUUGUUGCUGCGACGCCAACCCCUACGUCUUCGAACCAUGGCGCCCGUAAUGACACCAGAGGCUGUCGCCAACAAGCGCAAAAGAGAACUCGACGACCAUAACAAACGAAAACGAAGAAGGAGACAGAGCGGUAGUAUUACGCAACCUGAAAUCACCAAUGGACAGCAUAUCAAAUCUGAGCCUACAAUACUGGUCAAUGGCGGCGCAGACGGCUCAGGCCUCGAAGGGAAGAUGUUGGACAUGGUCAAAGCCGAGACCCAAAUCGAAGCGAAAGAUAAGCACAAGCAUAGGUCGAGAUCCGGUAAAGAGCUAGUCUUUAAGGGUGAUUCUUGUAAAUGGAGGGUCUCUGAGCCUAUCGGCGGACGAAUGCUUAACAUAGACCCUAUCUUGACUGAAGACGAGAAACAUCUGAUCCUCCCAUAUAAUACCUCACUCCAAGUCUACUCAGCUCCCGACUCGCUGUUACUGCGCAAAAUCGAACUCAACUUCUCAAGGAUCGACGGACGACAGGACCAGAUUGCUGCCAUAUGCCCCUCGGCGACAACCCCAAAGCAUGUCUGGGUUGCCUCACACGGUGGCUCAAUAUGGCUUAUCAACUGGGAGACGGGUUCUUGCUCAGAAGCUCAGGUGAAGUUGCCUUGCGACCGUUUAUAUGACAUGCACGUCGAUUCGGUUCAAUUUGACCAGGAUACCAGAGACGUAGUCUAUGCUUCAGUAAAGAAAGGGCAAGCUUGGCAUAUUGUUGCGUGCGAUAUCCAGAAUUCUCAAUUAGUCGCAUCUAAACCUAUCUUUUCGUUCACAUCACCCAUUGCAAACCUCCGAGUUGCCCAUACCGGGUACACGUUCGUCGCAUAUGCUGAUCGAAUUGUUAUUAUCGGGUCUCGAACCAGCGAGACAAUAAAGGGAUUGGAAGGUCUCUCCUACGAGGCUGUAACAUUUGAUGCGAGCGAUGAGAUUACCUGCCUCGAUGUCCAAGUCACCAACCGUGUCCAUCUUAACCGCAAAUCCCAACGCGAAGCGAGUGAUGUGCCGGUUAUAGAUUUAGCGAUCGGUUGCGCUCGGGGAGCUGUGUUUGCAUACAAGGACCUUUUGCCCGAAAUUCGCUUAUUAAAUACCCCCAAGGCGCGCCAUCAUGUUCUGCAGCCCCGCAAGUAUCACUGGCAUCGUAAAGCCGUCCAUGCUGUGAAAUGGUCACGCGAUGGAAAUUACAUACUCUCGGGAGGUUCAGAAUCGACCUUGGUACUUUGGCAGCUAGAUACCCAGAAGAAGGAUUUCUUACCUCAUCUCUCUGCUACCAUCGAAAACAUUGUGGUCUCAAAACGCGGCUCUAUGUACGCUCUUCAUUUAGAUGACAACUCCACUAUGGUGCUUUCAACUGCUGAGAUGAAGCCCAUUACCUAUAUUUCGGGGAUCCAGGCCCUAUUAUCACCUCAGCCGAUCUCGAAGGAUGACAACGUCAAGCGGGUUGGGCAGUAUACACCUGAUCGGUUAACAACCAUACCAGCUGCUGUAUCACCCUCUAAUUCAUCACAAAUGCUUCUUUGUGUUGGCAACGGACAAAAGCUCAGCUACUCAGGCAGCGGUCCGUCCAUGCCACUGAUACAAUCCUUAGACCUAACUACUAUGCAGAGCGUCUCGAGACAAGCGUUAACGCGAACAAAUCCAACAGACGUUAAUAUCACGUCCAGAGGUCAUCCCAUCACAGAACCACGAGUAACUCGCAUGAAAUACUCGCAUGAUGGCCGCUGGCUUGUUACAGCCGACGAGUGGCAGCCACCCUCGCGAGAUGUCAAUGUGCUUGAAGGAUCGUCUUCUGAAAGGAAAGAAACGUAUUUAAAGUUCUGGUCUGUCUCUGCUGAAAGUGAGAAUUUGGAACUGAUGACUCGUAUUGAUGCACCACACCAUUCCAACCAAGUUGAGUCGGUAUUUGAUUUGGCAGCUGAUCCCAAAUCAGACCGCUUUGCGACCGUCGGCGGAGAUGGGAUAGCUCGGUUAUGGCAGCCAAUUAUCCGGCAGAGAGAUGGGCUGAUCAUCAAGGGUAAAAAGGGGCGCCAGCUGUAUAGCUGGAAUUGCUCACAAGCAAUUUCUUUAUAUGGAAAUGAGACUGCGGGGGAGCCUGAGCCACCCAACGAAUAUUUUCAUGGUUCAGGCGCAAUUGCCUUCUCUGAAGACGGCUCUGUUCUAGUGUGCGCUGUGGUCCACGAGCACGGAUCAAUAGUUCAAGUCAUAGAUCCAGAGAGCGGCAAGAUUCGAAACUCGCUCAAUGGACUUAUCAAGGGAAAUAUUCAGGGCAUCUCGGUUCUCUCAACAAGCCUAAUCGUGUUAUCAGAUGCGCUUAUGGUAUACGAUCUUGUUCUCGACGAGCUGCAAUAUGGAGUGCAGUUAAGAAAAGCGAAAGGCCCUGAAGAAGAAGACGCGCAUGGUCCAGGCGCCUCCAUUAUGAACCAUCUUGCAACCGAUUUCCACACUGGCCGCUUUGCCGUGGCCGUUUCAAGGGGCAAAAGGGGGUCAACUAAAGUGCGCUCAGAACUUGCCAUUUUUAGGCCUGACCGAUGCGAACCAGAGCUGGUACAAAGCUUCCAGAACCCCAUUACAUCCCUAGUGUCCCCUCCUGGCUCCAGUGGCUUUUUGGCUCUCGACUCAGCUGCACAGAUCUGGUCUAUAGCAGACAAUAUGGACACAAACUCUUUAGCAUUUGCUUAUCCCUUAGCCGAUCUCCAACUAGAUCAAGAGCCGAUAGUAAACGGGAAUGUAGCUAUAACGCCGGCUUUAACCCUCGAACAAGACGACGAGGAAGCGAGCGAGGACGAUGUGGACAUUGACAUGACCGACAGAGUCGAUGACGAUGCAGUAUACCCAGCUGUUGUUGCCCCACAAAGACUUGCGGAGCUGUUCGACACUGCUCCAUCUUUUGCCAUGCCCCCUGUUGAAGAAUUAUUUUAUCAAGUCACGAAGUUAUUCACCACCUCCAAGUCGGCCGUCCCCGCGCCAUGAUAAUCGUCGCAAUAGAAAUAGCACCUAUUACGACCCAUUACGCUACGCGAAAGUUGGCAUGGUAUGACAUAAGAUAUACUCCUUCGCGUUGCUGCGUCAUAUACACUACUCUACAUGAUUGACGUCGUCAGGCGCAUGCCGGGCCUCCAUAUGUGAUGAUCAGCACAAUUCUCAAGUCUGGGCUGAGACUAGCCGGGCCGGAUGCAACGAGGUGCUGUGGUCGCCAUUACGAAAGUUGGCAUCUGAUAAUUGGUCGACCUUGAGACGUUAUGCGUUCUGACAAUGCGAGGACAUGAACAAGCACAACAAAGUCGAGUUGGGCUCGCCAAGACCAAUUCGCUAUAAGCUUGUUUUGGAAGUUUGUAACUUCAGUAGAAGUUAGAUGUUAUUGGGGGUUGGGUUAUAAGAAGUGAGCUUUGGGUUCAUUUAAACAAAAGGGUCUUGAUUGCGAUGGCCAUAUCAUCGAGGCAAAUGAUACCCUGGGAUAUCGUCUAAAGCCUACUUAUCCCACGAUGAUAUGUACAGUACUCUUGAAUAUCAUACUAGCCACUUUCCAUCCUUGGAAUUGGCAACAAUAGAUGUUUGAGACUUACUACUCUUUACGUAUAUACUUCAAAUAAUUGUGAUCUACAAUGAAAAAAUAUAGUCUUGAUGA